AUGACGGACAAGCUCCCCCCUCCUCUGCUGGCCUUAUUCCAGCCACGCCCACCCCUUCGCUACAUCCCUCCUACCGAUCGCGCUCCGGAAGAUUGCGCGAAAAGUACCAUCUCCGGAGUUGCCCAAUUUCUAUCCGAAGCAAAGAAAUUCGAAGACGAGGCACCAUACAACGCGACUGAAAGUUGGCUGCAGCGGAAAUGGCGCCAGAACUUGGAGAAGAAGGAACGAUGGAACAACCAGAUCAAAGAAGGGCUAGAAACCUUUGAUCCAGAGAAAGAUCCACAAGCUCGAGGCGACCCAUUCAGGACUCUCUUUGUUGCCCGACUCAGCUUUGACGUCAAAGAAUCAGACCUCGAGCGAGAAUUCGGCCGGUUCGGUCCCAUUGAGCGAAUUCGCAUUGUCAAAGACACCAUUUCACCAAGGGCAGCCAAAAGACCCAACAAAGGUUACGCAUUCAUCGUUUAUGAACGCGAGAAAGACAUGAAAGAGGACCCGGGAUAUUCAGCCGCCUACAAGGAAACAGAUGGAAUUCGCAUUAAGGACCGACGAGUCCUGGUGGAUGUAGAGCGUGGACGCACUACUAAGGGCUGGAAGCCUCGUCGCUUUGGCGGUGGCUUGGGAGGCCGUGGUUACACCAAGGCGAUGCCUUCUCGUCCCAAUGGACCGGGAUUCAAUGCCCCAUCUGGACCUGGUGGCUACGGUGGUGGCUUCCGAGGCGGAUUCGGUGGUGGCAGAGGUGGUGGUUUCCGUGGAGGAAACGGAGGCUUCCGCGGUGAUCGAUUUGGUGGCCCCCGUGGAGGAGUUGGCUACCAAGGCGGACGUAGUGGAUUUGGAGGACAGCCGCCACCCAAUGCUCCGUCUGGCCCUGGUGGUGGACGCAGAGGAGACUUUGGAGGCGGUUCUUACGGCAGAGGAGCAGGCGAAGGUGCAGGCAGAUUUGACCGCGGUGUAACUGGCAGCAACCGAGAGCCUGUGCGCCCAAGAGACGGUCCUUCAGAUCGGGACCGCCGCGACGACCGAGAUGGUGAUCGUUACAGAGACCGAGACCGCCGCGAUGAUCGCAAUGGAGACCGCUACCGGGACCGUGGUGAGCGUAGUGAGCGUGGUGAGCGCGACAGAUAUGCCAGUGGCGGCCGAGAGGAUAUGGGACGCAAACGUUACCGUGAAGAUGAUGGUUAUGAUGACCCCCGAUCCCGGAGACGCUACUAA